CACAAUUUCAUACAAUACAAUUAAUGAAUUCCAAUUCCAAUUGAUUAUAUCAAAAAUAUUUAAAACGCCACUGUCGUACUACUUGCUUGGUGCUAAAGGUUUUAUUUGACUUUGAGUUGAGUUGUAAACUUAAACUAAACGAACGCGUUCACGUCAGAUGUCAGGAUAAAGUUGUAGAAAAGUAAUUUUUAAUUCUCUUCUCAGUGUCAGUAAUUUUACUGUAUUUAUCUAACAACGUUGUGCAAUAUCUAUCGGAACAACUAUGAACGCUAAGCAGAAACCGGUUAAUCUUGCUGACGUUGUGGCGAAAGCACACGAUACUUUCAACCGGGGUGUAACUAAGCCGAUAGAAUGGCGACGGCAACAGCUGCAGAACCUCAUGCGUAUGUACACGGAGAACCAGAACGCGAUGAUAGCAGCUCUGGCGAAAGAUCUAAGGCGGUCCAAAAUGGAAGCAGUUCUCCUGGAAACUGAAUACCUGAUCAAUGAUCUCAAGAAUACGCUGAAUAAUUUGGAUAAAUGGAUGGAGCCGGAACGGCCGUCCAAAGGUAUCGUUAAUAUGUUAGACGAUGUGGUGAUCUACAACGAUCCGUACGGCGUGGCGCUGGUGAUCGGCGCGUGGAACUACCCGCUGCAGCUGCUGCUGCUGCCGAUGGCGGGCGCUAUCGCUGCUGGGAACGUGGUCGUUGUUAAGCCCAGCGAGCUCUCCGAGGCCUGCGCACAGUUCAUUGUUGAAAUGAUCCCUAAAUAUUUGGAUAAUGACGCAGUAAUAGUAGUAGAAGGUGGACCUGAAGAGACCACAGAGCUAUUAAAACAGAAGUUCGAUUACAUCUUCUAUACGGGCGGGACUAACGUCGGCAAGAUCGUAUACGCCGCCGCCACCAAACAUCUCACACCAGUAACACUCGAGUUGGGCGGUAAAAGCCCGACUUAUAUAGACAGCACAGUGGACAUAGAAGUAACAGCUAAACGAGUGUUGUGGGGCAAAUUCAUCAACUCAGGUCAGACUUGCAUCGCACCAGACUUUGUGCUGUGCUCCAAAGAGGUCCAAGAGAAGUUUGUGAACGCCGCGAGGGGAGUCCUCAAGGAAUGGUAUGGAGAAGACCCACAGAAGUCUCCUGAUCUAUGCAGGAUUAUCAAUAGCAGGCAUUUCAGCCGUCUUCAAGCUUUAAUAGAUGCGAGUAAAGAUAAAAUCGCAAUUGGAGGUCAGACUGACCCCACAGAGAGGUUCAUUGCGCCGACAAUAUUGACCAACGUGAAGGGCACAGAUAAAAUAAUGGAGGACGAAAUAUUCGGUCCCAUUUUACCGAUAGUUCCCGUUGAGAACGCGUAUGAGGCGAUUAAAUUUAUUAAUGCCAGGGAACAUCCAUUAGUAUUAUACGUGUUCACCAAUGAAAGGGAUACGCGAACUUUGUUCAAUGAACAAACACGUUCGGGAAGCAUAGGUGUCAAUGACACUAUCAUGUUUUACGGCGUUGAGACGUUACCAUUCGGCGGUGUCGGCAGCAGCGGUAUCGGUGCCUACCACGGCAAGACGACUUUCGAUACAUUCACGCACAAAAAGAGUUGCCUUAUUAAAAAUUUCUCACCCAUCGGAGAGAAACUUGGAUCAAUGCGUUACCCGCCGUACUCUGAUAAGAAGCUGAAUGGAAUAACGAUGUUGAUGGCAAAGAGGUCAUUACCCUCCUUUAAGUUUUUGCCCUACCUGCUCACGUUUGCUCUCGGGGCGGGCAUUUCUUACGGCAUCUUCGCCUGGCAGAAGAUGGCUUCGGAAAGUGAAUAGAAAUCUACGACUGAUUUAUUAAUUUCUUUUGAAUUAUAUUUAUGUUCAAAUAAGAUUAUUGACAAUAUAGAGGACUUUAUUUACAAACAUAUCAAUAUAAACAUAUAUAUAUAAGAUAUUUUUUUAUAAUUUCUCAAUUUUUUACUUUUAUUUACACCUUUGCAUUUACAGUUUUGAUGUGGGUUAUCGUUAAGAUUAAAUGAAACAUAUAAUGCUGAUGUAAAGAUACUUAACACAGCUUGCCACUGGCCUAUUGUGAUAUUGAUAUAUUGGUGCUUGGUUAUACUUUGUUUUAUUAGCUAACUUAUAAACAUCCAAACAAAAAUACAUUGUACCUUUUUUUUUUCAAAGAGCAUAUAAGUGCUUUUUUUCUGAAUAAUGAAAGGGUCGGCUAUAUUUUUUUGAAAUGUCACAAAAAGUUAGGUUCCUUUUUACACAAUUUGAUGUAUUUUUGUGAUAACAAUGUUUUUUAUUAAUUCCAAGUAAAAACAA